AAUGUUUGUGCGGUGGGAUGCUUUUCCUUUUUUUUCCUUUUCCUUUUUUCCUUUUUUCUUUUUUUCUGGAACCAACAUGUCGGAAGGCAACGAUGCUUGGGAUGAUUGGGAAACGGCAGCAGAUGCUGGGUUGGCGGAUUUCAAAGGAAAACCUGCGAUCCCAAAGGCUCAAGAAAAAAGUAAGCAGAAUAAUAUGGAAGAUAGUAAUACCAAGUUAUGGAAACAAGCAAAUGAACAUACAACACCAAUUAUUAUACGAACGGAUACUGUACAAACACAAUAUCAACCAGAGAUCAAAAUAUUGAAAAGAUCAGAAACACCACGGGCUCGACCAUCGAGUACAUCAACAAAUACAACGCCAAUCAAAACUUUAGAAGAAAGGGAAAAAGACUACAAAUUAGCUAGGAUGCGUAUAUUUGGAAAGAAUGAUUAGAUUAGAUAGUUUGUAGGAUAGAAUAGAUACCACAUUAUUAGUUUAGGAAAUAACAUACUUGUUUGGAUUGUGAAAUAAUAAAAAGAUGAUUUUUUUUAUACUUUA